AUGCAGAUGGUCCUGGAAGAGCGCGACCUGUGGAAGGUCACAUGUGGAGAAGUCAAGCUGGAGCACUGCACCAACGUGAUGGAUAAAUCGACGUUCAAGAGAAAGUCACGCAAGGCGCUGGCGAUCAUCUGUCUCGCGAUGGAAGAUUCGCAGCUGCCGCUAGUCCGUUCAGCGAUUGGAGCGUACGAUGCAUGGUCAAGACUGGAAGGACACUACGAGAAGAAGAGCCUGGCGAACAAACUAUUUCUUCUUCGACGCUUCUUCACAACGAUGAUGGAUGAAGGUGAUGAUGUGCUGAAGCACAUCAACAAGCUCAAGUCUCUGGCGGAGCAGCUUGAUGCGGUUGGCGCUCCGGUCAGCGAGGACGACUUGGUGAUCACGCUUCUUGGUAGUCUAAGCGAGUCGUACCAGUUUCUAUUCACGGGGUAA